AUGGCAGAGACUGCAGUAGCUUAUGUACUCAAAGAGCUGUCCUCAUUUCUCCUGCAUCAGGGCACUAAUUUGGGACGAGAACUUCACAGAGAAGUCGAGUUUGUUAGAGAUGAAUUGGGAAGCUUGAGGGCUUUCCUCAGAGAUGCCGAAGCUAAAGAAUAUGAUGUUUUUGAGCUUCAAGAAUGGAUCAGGCAAGUGCGCGAAGUUGCUUAUGACACAGAAGAUGUUCUUGAUCAAUUCAUACUGCGUUUUGCUCAUCAUCAAGCUAAUGGCUUCCAUGGCCGUGUUCAAAAAAUCUAUUACUCAAUCAAGAAUCUAAGGGCUCGCUGUAGGAUUUCUUCCGAGAUGAAAAAUCUCAAGUCCAGAGUAAUUGAUAUUUCUGAAAGACACAAGAGAUAUCAGCCCAUUUAUGGUAAUCAGGGAACCUGCUCUAGUUCCGCUGCAGGCUCUAGUUCUACUCCUGCUGCAAAUCUAGACAAUGACAUUCGUGAGAUUUCAAUCCUACUUGAAGAAGAUAAACUUGUCGGCAUCAAAACACCCAAAGAAGAGCUCAUUUCACGUGUCCUAAAUAAUGAUUCCUACCUUAAAGUAAUUGCUGUUGUGGGGAUGGGAGGGCUCGGGAAGACCACCCUGGUGAGAAAAGUCUUCGAAGAUACAGCUGUAAAAACGCAAUUCAAGAUCCGUGUUUGGUUAACUAUUUCUCGAACUUUUGAUAUCAUGGUGAUUCUCAAGACCAUGAUUCAUAAAAUUUUUUAUGAGAUCAAUGAACCAGUCCCUCAUCAACUGAUGAAUUCUACAGAUAUCAUAAGGUUGGGUGCAUUUGUCAAAGACUUUCUCCAAGAUCGAAGUUACAUUCUUGUCCUUGAUGAUGUGUGGAGUGAACGUUUGUGGGAUGCUCUUAAAAAUGUAUUGCCGGAUGGCAAUUUUCAUGGUCAAGUUAUAUUGACCACACGGAUAAUUCAUGUUGCCAAAGCAGCUCGUUUUGGAUCACAUAACUAUAUCCACUGGAUGAAGCCUCUUUCUGUAAAGGAUUCCUGGACACUUUUCUGCCACACAACAUUUCAAAGCGAUCACUGUCCUCCACAUCUACAGCAAGUUUCAGCAAGAAUAUUGAGGAAAUGUGAGGGCCUGCCCCUUGCAAUUGCCACUAUUGGUGGGGUAUUAGCUCUCAAAGAUAAGGACAGAAUAAAUGAUUGGGAAACGAUUCUUCGUAACCUUGGUGAUGAACUUGAUGCUAGUGCUAAACUUGAUCCAAUCAAAAGGAUACUCCUCCUUAGUUACAAUGACUUGCCCCAGAAUCUCAAAAACUGUUUCUUGUAUCUAAGCAUUUAUCCUGAAGACGCCUUAAUAGGUGUGGAUGAUAUGCUUGACAAAUGGAUUACAUAA